GAGAGAGAAACCCGUGGGCGGAGUUACAGUCUCAACAGCCGAAACCGUUUGUCAGGUCCUUCAUUCGGAUUGCGUGACAACACGAGAGAGAUUCACGCGAAGAGAGCAUGGCCACCGACUUCACACAAGAAUCCCUGCUGCGCUUCAUCAUCAACAACGGCGGCAAGGUGCGAAAUGUGGAUUUAUUAACCCACUACAGGCGGUUUUUGCGGGAGGACGAAGAUAGAGAGCAGAACCGGGAGUUAUUCAAGAGGUAUGUGAACUCCGUGGCGACUGUGAGGCAGGAGGAGGGGGUGUCUCAUGUUGUGCUGAGGAAAAAAUACCGCGUGCAUCUCGGAGACGUCUCCAAGAACCGAGAGCCUGAGUGUCAGAAUGAAGGAGACUCUAAUCCUCAAGCUGCUUUGACCGUCCCAACUAAUGAUGAAAUCUUGCCAGUUGCUGGAAUCAUCAACAACAAAGAUUCUACUCCCAGUUUUGAAAAAGCUGUCAUAACUUCAUCACCACAUUGGAGGGAACAACCUGCUGUCUCUGAACAGGUUAACGAUGCUUGCCCUUUGAAACCAAUCCUGUCGGACACGGACAGUCGCUCGAGUGGGAGCGGCCAGAGCUUUGAACAGCCAUGGGAGUCGAAAGUUACCAGCGAGGCAACAGAUCUGGAACACAACAGUGUUUACGUAGCCAAGCAGAGACAAUUAAGGGAAGCAGAUGGUUGCGAGCAGUCCUUCGUCAACCCCGCUUACUAUGAGGUGAGCGUGUCGCCUACGGUUGAAAGGAACCGUUUGAAUGCAAGCACAUCGGACGUUCACACCGAACACUCAGACGAGGCUGUCGCCGAAGAAUGGCCUUUGUGCUCGACCCUCGGACAGUGUCACAUAUACAAGUCUUCGCCUUGUCUGCUGGACCGUCCUGUUUCUCCACACAUACACUCCCAAACCUACAACAAAACAGGCUUAAGCCAAAGCAAUGAUAGUCUAUUACAACCAAACGGAGGGUUUAAUGGAUUUCCGAUCCAGGAGCAGGACGAAUACGAGACUCACGGCUUGUCCGUUGAUGACCCUCAAGUCUAUGCAAGUGCAUCGUACCUGCAGAUGCGUCAGUCAUCGAGUCUUUCCUCAAGUCGUGACAGUGUCUCAAUCCCUUCGCCUUUUUAUACACCACCUGACACUGGUUGGCUGCACGGCAAUGAGUGGUCCAUCGAUCAGGGGCAAGACGGGAACGAUGUACAAGCUUUCCUAUGUCACACCCAGGAAGCAAGGCUGUCGUCGCAACUCUACCAACCGAGUCGCAACAUCACAUCCAUGCACCACUCAACCGGUCGCAUCGUCGACGAGGACUCGAGGGCUUCUACGCGAAGCAGUUCGCCAGAGACCCGUCAUGGACCCAUCGUCCACCGCUUGACGUCCCGUUUGCGGAGUCGCAUGUGUCGGAGUCUCGGGGAAGACCUGGAUCAGCCGUUCCCAGAGGACAACGUCUCGGCGAGGCACAACCGACUCCAGCUGCUGUCCUCGACUCUAAGCAUGGGCAAUUUAGUCUCGCAGUCCUCUAGCCGAGCACAAAGUUCCCAAGACCUCUUGUCGCCUGCUGGAUCUACACGAAGCUUGCACGAUGGUUCCUUCAGCGGCAAACACUCAUCCAUCCCUCUUGACCCCAGAGAACACGACUGGUUUGUCAAAGCGGCAUCAGGUGCAUGGACCGACAUCUAUGCUCUAUUCCGAGAUGACCCGAACCUCCUGAGCAAGCGAGACUUAAUAUCCGGCUUCACCAUCGUCCACUGGAUGGCCAAGCAUGGUGACCAUCGUGUCCUGAAUACGCUUUGGUAUGGCGUCGACAAGGCUGGGAUGACUUUAGACAUCAAUACAAAGACCUUUUGUGGAUACACGCCGCUCCACCUGGCGGCCAUUCACGGCCACAAGAAAUUCAUUCGGCUCCUGGUGCAAAAGUUCAAAGCUGACGUACGGAUACGGGACAGCAGUGGUAAAAGAGCAUGGCAAUAUCUGAGCAAAAAUGAAAACUGGGACAUCUUAGAACUUCUGGGCGCCCCACAGAAGUGCAACAGCGGUAGUCCAGUGAACCUGACCACGAGACCUGCCACCACCAAGGUGAAUGUCAACAGACAUUCGUCCAUCGCUGCACUGUUCAAACACAAGUCUCACUUGAGGGUCUCAUCUAGUCCAGAAACCUUUUAGCGACUAGAUUAUUGUAAGGACCGAAACCCUUGCUCUUAACGGUGGCACUUUUUGCUGGUGAGAAAGCCCUUUGUUUUCUAAUUAAAAAAUGGGAACUUGCAUUGAAAGGAACAAUGGUUUUCCUGUUUUGUUCUUGGUUAGUAACUUUAUGUCUUGCUUUUUUAUGAAUGUCAUUUAUGUAUUCUGGCAUUUUGACACAAUUUCCAUUGUGAUGGCAAUUUCAAAUACUACUUUUGUAUUUUGAACAAAUGAUGUUAAAGAAAUAAUUCACCCAAAAAUGAAAGUCCUGCCAUUUUUUUUACUCCCUUUUUUUGGUCAAUGGAAUGAUUUUCAAUGGGGUCCAAUGUUGUUUUGAACCCCACUGAAAAGAACAGCUCUUCAAAAUAUAAGAAGAUACAAAGCCUUACAGAUUUGGAACGACAUGAAAGUGAGUAAAUGAUGGCAAGAUUUAAUUUUGGGUGGACUAUUCCUUUAAUAAGUCUUUUAUGCAACAGCUUUUGGCCUUGUACUGACAAACUAGAUUCAAAGUCAUGUUGUUUCAGACUGAGGAUCAUCUAAAUGCAUGUUCUGCUCAUAGCAAGUUGUUAAUUUUCUCUGCAGGGACUAAUUUGGUUCAGUGCCCUGUAACUGUUUUUCCCCUUGAGCUCUGCAGGUGUAGGAAGCUCUUUGUGCCCAUUUUUGUAUUUAAUCCAGGAAACUAUGCUGUUCAGAAAUGUCCAUGCAUCUUAGUGACGAUAUGAGCAUUUCAAUCUUAUUUAGAUUUCCUUCUUGCUUUUGGGAUAUUGGGAUGCUGCAGUUGGCACCUCUCAUCACCUGAUGCUCACACCUCACACGUUAUGCUCUCAGCACUGUAUGCGUUCAUGAUGAAUACCAAAGAUAAGCCCAGAGCAGUUUAAUGUUUACCUUACCUUUCCUCCUUAUCUAAACAUGUUGAAUGAGUGAUAAAGAAAAAAACCUCCAAAUUCCAAUUCAUUUAUAAGAACAUUCAAGCUGUGGCUACUGAGAUGCCAAAACAAUCAUAACUCACAGACCUCAAGUGUAGGAUAAGCAACAUCCAAGUGACUUUGGUCAAGUUUUCUCUCUCUUGUUUUGUUUUUCUCAGAAUCAUUUUAUAGAGUGAGUUGAAGUAGGAAUAGAUGUUCGGUGUUUCAAGGCUGGAGGAUUUGCAUGCUGAGCUAAACCAGUUUUUUUUGAGAUCCGAGAGAUACAGAAAAUCAGUUUGGGAGGAGAGGUUAGUAUGAUCUAACUGGUGGAGUUGGAUGUUUUUCUUAUCUCUCCCUAUCACAACUUGAGUGGUGUUUUUUACUCCAUGGAAACAUCAGGGCCUGAUCUGUGGGUAUGAAGUAUUGUUUAGACGUGUUUUGACGUGUCAGGGUGUUUCUGCUCUGCAUUGAGUCUUACAUAAUUUUAUUUACACUUUGUGAUGCACCUUUAUGUUCCAUGUUUAUUAUUUGAAUAUUAAACAAAGACUUUGACCUUUGUAAAA